AUCGCGCCGCACGAUACAUGCGCUUACGCAAAACAUUAUACAUGUUUACUUAACGCAAAUUUUAGUAAUAAUACUCGUGUUUCAACUCUAACGGCUUGUUUAUGUGAAAAAGCUAUAACACUUAUGCUCAAUAAAAGGAUCAAAGUGUGAAGGGUGUUUAGAACGGCACGGAUUUACCGUUGGUCUAUUUUCGACUUACGUUCACCGUGUUCGAUUAGGCGCCACUCAUUUCGAAGUAAAACAUGCGUGAGCUCGGCCGCGGGGGAUCAAUCGUGGCUGCCACUAUUGCAACGUUGAAUAAUCGUUCGACCAUCGAUGCUAAAUCUCAACCGGUCAAUACACGGCCAGCUGCCGAGGUGGAAAGAAACGUGUUGCGGUCUCCAAGGAAUAAUAUUUAUGACGAUAGAAUUCGGCGUGCUUCUGGGAUCAGUGAACGUCCCCUGUCAACGGCAUCAGAAACAUCUGAACGCGAUUCGGUCUCCAUUCAAUCUAGCGAGGAACCUCCCUUACACGAGAGUGGUGACUCGGACAGCCCUGAUGAGACAACGGUAAAAUGUUCUGGAUGGAAUAAUCAAACGGUGCCACCUCAGCAAAGUGAUUCCUCUGAAUCCGAUACUUCAACAAGUGAAGAUGAUUCUGAAGGUCAGGAGUAUGUGACACGUGAUUGUCGUACUGAUUAUCGGACGCUCACACCGAACAGAGGUAUUGAUAAUAGUACACGAUGUGAUGGUGAUUUUAAAUGGUUACAAAGCGGUGAAAUCAUGGACGAUACUGUGGAAGUUCAGUCAGCUGGUUCACGCGGAGAUAAUUACAACUCGGCGAGCUUAGAAAGAAGACGUCGCGCGCCAAGUGACCGUGGUGAGCGAGAUCGUAAAACAAGGUCGUCGUUAUCUACAAAACCGCCGCAACAUCCAUCGAGCCUUAGGGUUUCCCCGAGACCAAGGCGUUCACGUGAUGAGGAGGCCCAACCAGACUUACAGCGACGCUGGAACUCCUACGAGCAGUUCCGUUGGCCGGAAGGUGGUUGGUGGCCUCCGAUGUGCUGGUGUCAUGGACCGCCGCCUCCACCACCAUGCUGCAUGCAUUCUGAACACUCGUGGCCGUCACACCCGUCUCUUGCGACUACACCAUCGCGUCCGUACAAGAAUGACGCUGAAGAACGUGUGCGUCGCCUGGAGUCGGACAAAGACAGCUUACAGCUGCAAGUUCAGGUGCUGUCAGAGCAGAUCACAGCGCAGACUGAAAAAAUGGCUGACCUGGAGCGAACACUACACGACGCACGGCAAAGACUGGAUGACACUGAACAGAGGCUACAAAAGGAAAUGCUGCAACGGUCGUCACUCGAAACACAGAAGUUGGAGUUGUUAUCAAAGUUAAGUGAAGUGAGAUUACGGGCAGCGGAAAGAGGUGUUUUAGAGCGGUCACCACCGCCUGACUCCACGCCUAUUGCUAGACCGGCUCCUCCGAGGACUCCGCCAGCAAACUACGGGCGUCAAAUCGAGCGUAACACGCACAUGUAUUCCUCCCUACCACGAUCAUCUGUGCUGCCGUCGGCGACAGUGGAGGCGCGACUGGCCUUCGGUAAAAACAACAUGGUGGUGGCGCGUGGAAAGGGUCACUCCGUACCCAAUUUAGCGGAAAAAGAAGAAGCAUUACCACGUGGCAGUCCAUCUCCCUCAUUACGGGAAGUGCGAGCCAGACUUGGCAGUGGCGGAGUAAGGUUGGAAGGAGAUGAGCUCUCACGAUCGUCGCUAAGAGCGUCUGCGCCUAGGCAACGGGCGCAGAAUAUGCCCUGGCAAACUACCGAUGUUCGCCAAUGGGACUGUGAAACUACUUGUGGUUGGCUCGAGCACCUUGGUCUAGAGAUAUACGUGCCAACCGCUAGAACUUGGCUUGGCGCGUCAGAUGCGAAAGGAGUUAUUGCUGCAGCAUCACAACAGGCAAUAGAGAAGGAACUGGCCAUCAAACAUCCCAUGCACAAGAAGAAAAUUGUGCUGGCAUUGACUGAUCUCUUGGGAGGGCACGGCGACCCAUUACUAACGGCGUCGGGUCGUCUCGAUAGCGCGUGGGCGUUGCGUUGGCUAGAAGACGUGGGCGUGUGCGGCGCACGUGCAGCGGCUGCUGAAGCGGCCCUAGACGCCAGGCUUCUGCAUCGGCUGACGCAUUCUGACCUUUACACGCAUUUGAGGGUCACGCACGCCUUACACGCGUUGUCGAUACGGAGAGGUAUCCAAGUACUACGAGACAACAAAUUCAACCCCGAAACAAUGAUACGUCGGGCAGCUGAGAGUGAAGUCUCCCUAGUCGGAGCCGAGUUGACGGAAAAUGAGAGUCAGGGAGGGAGUACCCCAGCAGGGGAACUGGCGAGGUGGUCCUCUCAUAGGGUGAUGCAGUGGCUGAAGGAGAUCGACUUGGCUGAGUACGCGCCUAAUUUGAGGGGAGCAGGUGUUCACGGCGGUCUGAUGCUCUUAGAACCCCGUUUCACGGCCGAGCUUUUAGCUGCCUUACUGAACAUCCCCGCGAAUAAGACUCUACUUAGACGACAUCUUACUCAAAGAUUCAACGAUCUCCUAGGUCGAGAUGUGAUCCAGCAGAAACGUAACGCGGAACAAACUUUAGGAUAUCAGCCACUCACAGCUACAACCAAAUACAAGGUGCCAAAGAGGAGUCAGUUCUCCCUGAAACGCAAGAAGAGUCGUGAUGACAUGGAAUUAGGCGAACUGGUGUGUCCGCUACACGACGACUGCUCAGGUGACGCUAAACCCACGACGAAAGCAAACUCAGCAUCGGACGUCGAGUCGGGUGUUUGUCCCCCGCGUGACGUCACACGCGGACACUAGCGCUCGCUACGCGGAUCCGCGCUCGCGAUACACGCGGCUUCGGAGACCGUACUAUAAAGAUCACAGACCACUCAAGUUGCGACAUCAAGACUCUGUAAUUUCGACUUUAUUGCCUUGUGUUUAGGUAUAAUUUUCAUUCAUAAAAACUAAAUCUCUCGUCUCUUUCUGAAUGAUUGUUUAUGCUGUGUUGAAAAGAGACAGCUUAAAUAAUGCAAUAAGGUUUUGUUUUUGUUUCAUUAAAUAUUCAUGAUGACUUCUGACAUCCCACUACAAAUUUAAUUAACAUUUUUUGUGACUUUUAAUUGUAUUUUAAAAUAAUACAAAUUCUUAGGAUGGACUGACGCCAAAUACACAUUCAAAAGCCUCAAAUUGUUGAACGUUAAGGUUGUUAUAACGUUGUUAUAAAGGUGACAGGAGGAACAAAACAUUUAAUAACAAUUUAAGGCUUUGAUGAUGAUUCGAUGUAACAUUUAAGUUUUGUAAUACUCUAAUAAAUAUAUGGACGGAAUGUUUGUCACCUUUUCAUUAAAAUUUAAACAAGCGUAUAUGCAUAGAAUCUUUAUAUAAUGUUCUAGAAGACUUAGGACCUUUAAAGAGAGACUGCGAUAUAAGAGGUUCUCAAUAUAUUUUUAACUAAAUACUAUGCGUAAACGCGCAAUUCACGAUGUACUGAAGAUUUAAAUUUCAGUUAACCUGAAACCCUGAAACUUUUGGGGUGUCUAAAGGCGAUUUUCAAAACACAACUUUUAUAUUUUAUUUAUGUUUUCAAAACACAAGACAGUUAAAAUAAUGGGUUUUUAGAAUUUGUAAGAAAAAGCUAUUAAAAAUAAACUUGAUUAAAUGAGAUAUAAUUAAAAGCAUUCGGUGCUGAAGCCAAAUAUAAUUUUAAAUUGGUUUUUAUUUUAAGUUACUGCUAUCGGCACAAAUCUAUUCAAGAAAUAGACAUUCCACAAUAGUAUAUGCAAUAUUUUAAUCACAUCUUUAUUCUGUAAUUUAUAUUUAGUUUGCAAAAUAUUUUGUUAAUAAGUAUCGUUAAUGCUAAUAGGAUCGUCAUUAUAACAAAAAUUCUAUAUUGUAUUACAGCAACACUGAACUUUUUUCAAAAAUAAUAGAACACGACCUAUAGAUUACAAACGCCAUAUGUCAAAUUUUGAUGUAUAGCAAUAUUGAAUCUGUGGUCCCAAUCACGCCCCGAUAUAGACAAAACAUUUAACCAAUUAACACUCAUAGUAUGUUUAUAAGGCUGUAACACACAAC